AUGUACCCCUCAAUCCCCUCAACCUUCACCCAGACCCCCCAAUCCAAAUCCAACCACGAAAGCUGGAUCCCCAUUCUCACCAAAUACGAAGAAUACCUCGAACAGGUUUCUUCCGAGGGGACGGCAUCUUCACUGAAACGACAUCAAAGCAGGGGGCAGUUAUUGCCUCGAGAUCGCAUCGCGUUACUCCUGGACCAAGACUCGCCAUUUCUGGAGUUGGGCUGUUUUGCUGGCUUCCAGAAUGAGGAUUCCACGCCUUGUGGGAAUUUGAUUGCGGGGAUUGGGAGUGUGUGUGGACGGCCGUGUCUGGUCAUGUCGCAUAUUCCUACGCAGAGUGGAGGGGCCUGGAAUGAGAUGACUGUCCUCAAAAUCAACCGCAUGAUGGAAAUCGCCUCGGAAAACUCCCUCCCUCUCAUCUCCCUCGUUCAAUCGGUACCCUCCCCACCUCACCCCCAUAUAACACAAACUAACAAAGAUCAGGCCGGCGUCUUCCUCCCCCACCAAUUCCGCGUCUUCCACAAAGGCGGCCAACUCUUCCGCGACCUCGCCCGGCGCACCCAAUCCGGCAAACCAUCCUGCGCGGUCGUCUUUGGCUCCUCCACCGCCGGCGGGGCUUAUCAUCCCGCGUUAUCGGAUUAUACGAUCUUCGUGGACGGGCAGGCGCAGGCGUUUCUCGGUGGUCCGCCGCUGGUCAAGAUGGCGACGGGGGAGGUCAUUGGGGCGGAGGAGUUGGGGGGUGCGGCUGUUCAUGGGGGGAGGACGGGGUUGGCGGAUGAGGUUGCUGUUGAUGAGUUUGACGCUAUCCAAAAAGCAAGAGAAUGGGUCUCGACUCUGCAGUCACCAUCGCGACAGCUACAGUCACAGGAAGCCCUCCCACCCCGCUACCCAAUCGAGGAUAUCCUCUCCAUCGUCAACCCGGAUAUCCGGAAACCAUUCGACAUGAAAGAAGUUAUCCUCCGACUCGUCGAUGACUCGCGCCUGUCAAUCUUCAAACCGAGGUUUGGGAAGAACAUGCUUACUGCGUUUGCGCAUAUCAUGGGAAUGCCAAUCGGCAUAAUAGCCAACACAACCAGCAUCCUCAACCCCAGCGAAGCCCUCAAAACCGCCCAAUUCAUCCACACCGCCAACCAAACCCACACGCCGCUGCUAUUCCUGCACAACGUGACCGGCUUCAUGGUUGGCGCGAAAGCCGAACACGCGGGUAUCAUCAAAGCCGGGGCUCAGCUCGUCGCCGCCGUUUCCUGCUCUACUGUGCCUCACAUAUCAAUCAUACUAGGUGCGUCGUACGGCGCGGGUAACUACGCUAUGUGUGGGCGUGCAUAUGCGCCUCGCUUCUUGUUUACUUGGCCUACGGGACGAUGCAGUGUUAUGGGCGCUGAGCAGUUGGGGGGCGUGAUGGAGACGGUGCAGAGGGGGAGUGCGGCAGCGAAAGGGACAGGUGUGGACGAGGGCGAGUUGGAGGGGCGGGUUAGAGUGUUCAAGGAGAGGGUGGAUAGGGACGCGGAGUGUUAUUCGACUAGUUCGGCGUUGAUUGACGAUGGGGUUAUUGAUCCUAGGGAUACGAGGGAUGUGGUGGGGAUGUGUUUGGAGGUUGUUAUGGCGGGGGGUGUUACGGGUGCUGAGUCGAAUAUUCACGCCGCGCCUAUGCGAAAUCCAUUAUUUCUCACUCCACCGCCUGUGGAUGAGAAUGGAAGACCAAGAAUCCAAAAGGUUCUCAUUGCAAACAGAGGAGAAAUCGCCUGUCGAAUCAUAUCAACUUGUCGAAAACUGAAUAUUGCCUCGGUGGCUGUUUAUGUCGAAGAAGAUGCAUCUUCCCGGCAUAUCCUCGAUGCAGAUGAAUCAAUCAACAUCGGGAGUAUCGACCGGAGCAGCAGUAACCCGUUCCUUGAUGUCGAGCUGUUGGUCAACACAGCUGUUUCAGUUGGCGCACAGGCAGUCCAUCCCGGAUACGGCUAUCUCAGUGAGAAUGCCUCGUUUGCCACUCGUGUACGCGAGGCAGGUCUCAUAUUCAUCGGACCGAGUCCUGCUGCCAUGUCAACAUUAGGAGACAAAAGGUCAUCCAAGGACUAUCUAGGAAAAUAUGCUCCUGAUGUCCCAUUAAUUCCCGGCUUCUCCGGAUCCAGUCAAGAUGUACAAGACCUUGAAAAAGCUGCAGCUGGGAUAGGAUUCCCAGUAAUGCUCAAAGCAUCUGCUGGUGGUGGCGGCAAAGGAAUGAGAAUCAUUCACGAGGCCUCCCAGCUGAGACAAGAACUGGAGCGUGCGCAGUCAGAAGCACAACGAUCAUUUGGAUCAAGUGAUUGUAUUCUUGAGAAAUACAUUGAGAGCAGCAAACACGUUGAGAUCCAAAUCAUUGGCGACAGUCACGGAGAAGUUGUAUCCCUGCUUGACCGCGAUUGUUCAGUUCAACGGCGGCAUCAAAAAGUUAUCGAGGAAACGCCUUGUACGUUUCUGACGGAAGAAACCAGGACGGCAAUGAGUGCAACGGCAGUUCGUAUCGCAAAGCUCAUCGGAUACGAGAACGCUGGUACCGUUGAAUUCGUGGUCGACGUGAAAACGAACAAAUUUUACUUCCUCGAAGUCAACGCGAGACUUCAAGUCGAACAUCCUAUCACAGAAGAAGUAACAGGUGUUGACCUGGUGUCAUUGCAACUCUUUGUUGCGGCGGGUGGUAGCUUGCGCAGUCUCUCAGUGAUGCGGAGUCUCUCCCAGCAAGGCCAUGCAAUCGAAUGCCGGCUAUGUGCAGAGGAUCCACAGCGGGACUUCUUCCCCGAACACGGUAGAGUCCAUCUUUGGCUUCCAGCAAAAGGUGUCUUAGGUCCUGGCCGAGAUGUCCGAUAUGAGACAGCGAUACAAACGGGAUCAUCCGUUUCCAUCUACUUCGACUCAAUGAUUGCCAAGAUAGUGGUGUGGGCUCCAACGAGAACAUUGGCAAUCGAAAAAAUGGCCAAGGUUCUGGCCAAUACCGCAUGCGUUGGAGUCAAGACAAAUCAGUUGUUUAUGCAGCGAUGUCUUUUGAGCAAAGCCUUUCACAAUCCAGCAUACACCACAUCGUUUAUCCCGUCAAAUACAAACGACCUUCUGAGUCCCGCUAGUAUCCCCAACCUUCGAGAGUUAUCCAUCAUCCCCUGUUUGUUCCUUCGGAAUCUAGCAGACCGUGCUUCGGGAUCUUCCAGAAAGCGACCCUUUCAAAAUAUUCGCAAGCAGUUCCGCAACCAACGAUUUGAUCCUGUUUCUGUCCAUUGUGAUGUCGUUGAUCCGAUUGGAUGGCCAUACGAUCGGAAAGCAGAAAGCAAGGAGCAUAUCCUAUGUUUGUGGAAGCGUCCAAGUGAUUCUUCUCCCGAAAUUCAAGAGGUCAGCUUGAUUCCUAUCCGCGCAGACGACAAUAAAGACAAGGACAUGGAGAUAUCACCGGCAAAAAAAGUAACUGCCGAAUACAACGCAAUCAGCGAAAUACUUCGCGGUGGAGAGAAAGGGUUUGGCCCAUCGUACAAGUUGAAUAUCAACAGCUGGACACCCGCCGAAGGAAUUCCAGCGGUACAAGAAUCCUGGUUGGCAUCAACAAUGGAGGUUUCGAUCAACGGAUCCAAAAUCCUCGCCCAUGUGGUGAUCCAUUCCAACCGCGCCCAUGCGCUGGCAGGCCAACUCAACCAGACCCAGAGGAUAUACUGCCAUUUCCCUUCCCUAGGAACACAUGUCGAGUUUGAAAGAUCAAGCCUUCUAUCGUACUGCGAGAGUGUACGAACGGAGGCGAAAUCGCAGAAUGACCCUGAGCAGAAGACCAUCACUGCGCCCAUGCCGUGCAAGGUUCUGUCUGUUUUGAAAAAGCAGGGAGAUGAAGUAAAGUCUGGAGAAACGGUGAUGGUAAUCGAAAGCAUGAAGAUGGAAGUCAGCAUCACGGUCGGGGCGAGUGGGAAGUUUGAGACGAACUGGAAGAUAGGAGAUGCAGUGGAGGAGGGAAAGGUGCUCUGUUCUGUUGUGUAA